CAAAAGAGUCCACCGUCACACGCGUGAGCUUGUACUUGACUCCGUUCCGCGGUACGGCCGGAGGCUUACUGACAUCGGCGCGGGACGACCGGCGCGGCGAAGCGCUGAGCAGCGUAAUGAGGCGCCUUCACCUGCUCGUAACUUGGCGACACUGAAGUGGCGCUGAAAUUUGUAUGUGAACAAUUGGACACUCUGGAUUCUCUGGAACCUGGAACACUAACCACUAACCUCUGACUGUGAUCAAGAUGGCAUCUGCGGAACAAGUCGGCCUCAACAAAACAUGGGAAUUGUCACUGUACGAGUUACACCGUACACCACAGGAUGCGAUUACCGACAAUACAGAAAUUGCGGUCAGUCCGCGGAGUCUGCACAGCGAACUUAUGUGUCCCAUUUGUUUGGAUAUGUUAAAAAAAACUAUGACUACCAAGGAGUGCCUGCAUCGCUUCUGCUCUGACUGUAUUAUUACAGCUUUGCGAAGUGGUAAUAAGGAAUGUCCAACAUGUAGAAAAAAAUUAGUUUCCAAAAGAUCUCUUAGAGCAGAUCCAAACUUUGAUAUGCUAAUUUCAAAAAUCUAUCCAAGCAGAGACGAAUACGAGGCUCAUCAGGAACGAGUUUUGGCGAAACUAAAUAAAUCGCAUUCACAAGCUGCGCUUGUUAAUUCUAUUACAGAAGGUAUUAAGCUACAAAGUCAGAAUCGUCCUCAACGUUCAAGAAAGAAUGCCAACGAAUCUGAAAAUGCUAGUAACGCAACAUCGUACAACAAUACUCCAAAUGUUAGCGCACCUACAACACCAAAUCCAUCCACAAAUGUAGCAAAUCAAAGUGAUUCUUCUCAGAGUGCAACAGGACCUUUGAAUAGUGGAGGGACAACAUCUAGAAACUCUACCACACCAUCACCAAAUCCUGCAAAUCAAAUCCCAAAAAUACCAAAACGGCAGAAAAGCUUUCAAAAUUCUGAAAAUGACUCUUCUAGUGCUGAGGCAGAGACUGGCGGCGGUGACUCUAUGGUUGACACAGAAGGCGAAGGUCCUAGUGAACCUUUAAUGCUUAAUGAAAUUGAACUUGUUUUUAAGCCACAUCCUACAGAAAUGGCAGGUGAUAAUUCUUUAAUAAAAGCAUUGAAAGAAAAUAGUAUCCGGUACAUAAAAACAACAGCAAAUGCCACAGUUGAUCAUUUGAGCAAAUAUUUGGCGAUGCGUUUGACAUUAGAUCUAGAUACUGAAUUGUCAGAAUCAGAUAGGUUAUUAAAUUUUUGCAUUUACAUUGCUCCUUCACCAGGACAACUUGUGGUACUAAGUGGUUCACAAACGUUACGGCAAGUGAACGAUAAAUUCUGGCGUGUCAAUCGACCCUUGGAAAUGUAUUAUUCGUGGAAAAAGACCUAGGGAAGGCCUCGAAAAUAUCAAUCUGAUGGGAACUAAUCGCGCCUUGUUCCAAAGACGAGAACGAAUUAUCAUUAUUACACGAAGUAUAGUGGAAUGCAUUAUGUGUGAAAAAUACAUAUCAUUGAUGUAUUCUGCUGUACUUCCAAUUUCAAUCUCUCUCUCUCUUUCUCUGAUUCAAAAUAGUAUAAGGAAUAUUCUUUAGUCAUCGACAAUGGUGCAAUUUUUACAUCUUCAAAAUUGGUUGCCAUUAAUCAAGGUUUGUUAAUGAAAGUUGGAUAAGAUAAUUGAAAUAAAUAUGAAACUAAUUUAAGCGGCAUUGUAUACAUCCUGAUGUUUUGAAUGUGAACUGAAUGCAGUUAUGUAAUAACACAUUUCGUAUGAAAACUCAACUGUAAGCAUAUUUUUUUGAAUCUUAGAUAUUUAGUAUAUAUGAAAUUAUAUUGUGAUUUCUGAUAUUUUAGUAUAUUAUAAUUUUUGAUUUAGUAUAUUAUAAUUAUUUAUUCAUUUAUAAUGUUAUAUAAUUUUAACAUGAUUAUGUGUUUUAGAAUGGUAUAACUUUAAAAUUUUAUUAAUUUAUAUCUAACAAUAAGAGGAAAUGCGAUAACUUUGCAAUAUUUUGUAUAUUUAUUCACUAUGUACAUACUAAGGGACCAUUAAAAAGUAACAGUUUUUAUAAUUGAUAUAAAAAAUAAAUAAUUUGAAGUUUAUAGAUCUUCCAGGAUGUACAAACGUCGCUUAAAUUUGAGUUAAACCAACAGAUAAAUGUGUAUAUGAAUGAAGUCUAUAGCAGAACUGUAAUUAGCAUGUCACAUCAUACUGAAUAAUAUCUACAGAAAUCAUAUACAUUUAUAACUAGUAUGCGUUAUAUAUUUGCACAUAUUUAUACAUGUUAUAUUCCAUUGUUCAAUAAUCUCACAAUAGUCAUUAACUUAUUUUAACAAGCAAUCAUAUUAUGGACCAUUCUGUAUAGUUUAGAGAGAAAGAAUAAAUCUAUGUAUAUAUA